AUGGACGAUGCCAGCGACCUCUGGAGUGUCAAGAAAAACGAAGAGGCUGCGGCCAAGAAGCGUCCCAAGGUCACUGCUGCUCAGCUGCGUGUCCAGAAAGACUUGACAGAGCUGGAUCUCCCUUCCACCAUGAAGACUGUUUUCCCCGACCCCACCGAUGUGCUCAAUUUCACCCUCACCAUCACCCCCGAUGAAGGUAUCUACAAGGGCGGCGUGUUCAACUUUUCCUUUGCCAUCAAGCCCGAGUACCCGCAUGAGCCGCCAAAGGUGAGGUGCAAGGAGAAGAUCUAUCAUCCCAAUUUGGAUCUGGAGGGGAAUGUCUGUUUAAACAUCCUGCGAGAAGACUGGAAGCCUGUCCUUACCCUCUCAAGCGUUAUGAUCGGUAUCCAAUACCUCUUCCUUGAACCGCAAGUCUCUUUCACUGAUGCCACCGAUCAUGCCGUCUAA